ACGACAAUGAGAUCGCUAGUAGGGCAGCGCGGCACUGGCGCCGGCGGCGAGGGUAGAGGGGCGCGCGGCGGCGCGGUGGAUUGUUGUCGGGUGCACGCCGCACGGGCGGCUCGCUACGGAUCAAUACGGAUUGAAAGGUACGCGUCCUCCGCAACCAACCGUCCCAAACCCCCAACCAAACUCUCCCUCCCUCCGCGGCUGCCCCACGGACUGGGCGCUCUCGCCUCCGCGCGCCGCCCAUGGCCUCCUCGCUCGUCUCGCGCCCGCACCUCACCCCGCUCCCCGUCCGGGCCGCCACCAUGGCCUCCCCUUCCCGCGCCCGCGUCGCGGCCGGGGGCCUUGGCGGGCUCGGGGUCGCGGCCGGCGUGCGGUGCCAGGCGCAGGCGGCGGGGGACUUGGACCGCCACUACAUGCGGCGGUGCGUCGAGCUGGCCCGCAAGGCAGCCGGCCACACCAGCCCCAACCCUAUGGUCGGCUGCGUCAUCGUCCGCGACGGCCGCGUCGUCGGAGAGGGAUUCCACCCCAAAGCCGGCCAGCCACACGCGGAGGUAUUUGCUCUGAGAGAUGCAGGUGAUUUAGCUGAGAAUGCAACUGCUUAUGUGAGCUUGGAGCCCUGCAACCACUAUGGGAGGACUCCUCCUUGCACUGAAGCACUCAUCAACGCAAAAGUGAAGGAAGUUGUCGUGGGGAUGACUGACCCAAAUCCUAUUGUGGCAUCUAAAGGGAUUGAAAAGCUCCAAGGUGCUGGGAUAAAUGUAAGGGUGGGCGUCGAGGAAGCGUUGUGCCGCAGAUUGAAUGAGGCUUACAUCCAUCGCAUGCUCACUGGGAAGGCUUUUGCAACUUUGAGAGCUACACUCUCGAUGAAUGGAAUUGUCACAAACCAAAUUGGGAAGGGAGCUGAUCAGUCGGGUGGGUACUACUCUCAAUUGACGAAAGAAUACGAUGGAGUCAUAAUUUCAAGCGACCUGGCCAAAAUGUCGACCUUGCCGGUGUCACAUGAAGCUGGAGUAAACCAACCUCAGUAUAUCAUCAUAGCACAGGGAGAAAGUUCCCGACUACAUAUCCCAUCUCUCAGCAAGGAGAAUGCAUCUAAGGCGAUUGUUCUUGCUGAUAGUCCUGUCACCGUGGAGCCAGCAGGGAUCGAAGUCGCAGUCCUUCGCCAGAUAGAUCUAGACUCCAUCCUUCAACUCCUUGCACAGCGAGGGCUUUGCAGCGUGCUAGUGGAUUUCAGAGAGGCCGGGGAAAGCUUUGCGUCGCUUCUGACCGACUUCCAGGAGGACAAGCUGGUGCAGAAGGUUGUUCUUGAGUUCCUGCCUGUUUGGCUGGCGAGCGAAGGGCUCAACAACCUGGCUUUUGGCGGCAGACAAUCAUUUCCGCUGAAUAACGUGGAGUACAUGGAGGUGAAUGGGUGUAUGCUGCUGGAGGGCUAUGUCGAUGUCUAGAAUCAUUUCUGCAGGAUGUCUAGAAUGCCAGUGUUUGCUUGUCAUCCUGUAAACUGAUAGUCGUGUAAACUUUGGCACUGCAACCAUGAGAUUUGUUAUAGAGCUGAAUCCAUGUCAUGAGAUCUUUGUGCACUACUGCACUCCCAUUUUCA